UGAUGUAUUCAUUUUUCGUGGGAACGAAAAGCGUGUUUCGGCGACUUGGACGGUUUCCAGUCAGUGCUUCCUUAACGAGUCAGAAUCGCACGAUGCGAAACGUAGAAAUCAAAGCAAAAAUUCGAGACAGAGAGGACAUCAUAUCAAAAGCGAAAAUUUUGAGUAAUUCUCAGGGAUUUGUAAUCAAACAACAUGAUACAUUUUUCAAAGUGCCAAUCGGACGCCUGAAACUACGAAAAUUUGAGGACGGUUCUGGGGAUCUCAUUUACUAUGACAGACCAGAUACUGAAGGCCCAAAGCUCAGUAACUUUUCUAAAACUGCAGUGUGCAAAGAAGAUGUCCAAGGCAUAGCAGAAGUACUAAAAAACUCUAACGGAGUUAUCGGUAUAAUCCAAAAGCUAAGGAUGUUGUACCUUGUCGGUCAAACCAGAGUCCAUAUCGACAAUGUGAAUGGCUUGGGUGAUUUUAUGGAACUUGAGGUGGUUCUUAAUGAGGACCAGUCGCUGGAAGAUGGACAAAAAAUAGCCAACGAAUUGAUGGCCAAACUGGGUGUUCAACAAGAUGAUUUAAUCGCUGGUGCUUACUUAGAUAUGAAAACUACAAGUAAUUAAAUAAUCUUAACUCAACAAUGAACACUUAUUCAUAUGUGUUGAUAUAUAAUACCAUCUAUUUUUCAUAAUACAAAUGUCUAAUAAUUUGCUGUCUGAAAACCAUAAUAAAACAACAAUUUAAGACUCACAA